UUUGGCACUUAUUCCUGUUUUUUCUUUUUCUGGGAUGUGUCUAUUUUUGCCCUUGUGGUUACCCAAAAAAGAAAGAGAUUAGGUUCUUAGCCUUACUGGGCUUUCUUUAUUUAUCUUCUAGGGUUCUUGUAGGCUUCUAGCUCAGAAAGAAAACAACAAAGGAGUGGUGAGAUUAAAUCAAUCAAUCAGUCACUCAAUCAAUCUUUCUGUUUCUUUUUAUCCAAGCAUUCUCGUGUAGGGUUUCUCAGAUUUUCUCAGUCUAUCUCUUAUCUCCCUGAAAUCUUCCACUAAUUUGUUUCCUCUUUUUUGGUGGUUUCUCUGCUGAUAUUUCCUUAACCCUAAAAUCCCUUUCUAUUUUUAGAAACUGUAUCUGGGUAUUGCACAGCAGUUCAUCAACUUUGGUUUUAGAUCCAGAUUUUAUCCGGUUUCAGUGAUCAGAAAAAUCUACCGUUUUCUUUUCUGGGUUUUUCCUGGAAUCGGCUUUCUGCUUCUCUGGAGGUGCAGCAAGAAAUGGUGAGGGGAAAAACUCAGAUUAAGCGCAUAGAAAAUGCAGCAAGCAGGCAAGUGGCUUUUUCCAAGCGAAGAAAUGGGCUUCUUAAGAAGGCCUUUGAGUUAUCAGUUCUUUGUGAUGCAGAAGUUGCACUGAUCGUUUUCUCUCCUAGAGGAAAGCUGUAUGAGUUUGCCAGCUCCAGUAUAAGCAAGACGAUAGAACGCUAUCAGAAGAGAGCCAAGGAUCUGGGGCUCGGCAGCAAAUCUCAAGAAACCACCCAGCAUCCGAAGGACGACGCUUUAAGCUUGGCAAAGAAAAUCGAGCUUCUUGAUGCAUCUAAACGAAAACUCUUGGGAGAUGGUCUGGAAUUAUGCUCAAUUGAUGAGCUUCAGCAGGUAGAGAACCAGUUGGAGCGAGGCCUUAUUAAAAUUAGGGAAAGAAAGAAUCAAUUAUUCAGGGAGCACAUUGAGCAGCUAAGGAAGCAGGAGAGAUGCCUGCUGGAAGAGAAUAUUAAGUUACGUGGGAAGUGUGGCAUGCCACUACCACUCCCUUCAAGUGAACAGCAAGAAGUGCUUCAUGGAGGAAGUGUGGAGGUGGAAACAGAAUUGUUCAUAGGGCCACCCAAAAGAUGAAGUUGAUUGGAUUGUAAAUCUAGUUUACCUUUGAAAGUUGAAACCUACACCAAUUAGAGACUUCAAUACAAUAGUCAUGAAUGAAUUGAAGCCUAAUAAAUUGUGUGGAAUCUAAGUGCUCUGAGAAAAAGGAACUUGGGCCAUAUAUAAAUAUAUAUAUAUAUAUAUAUAUGAAUAUUGACAUGUUGUUGCUUGUCUUGCCAAACUACUAGUGUAGAAGAGCAGAAGGAGGGAAUGCUUUUUGUUUAAGUAAUCUUUUUCUCCAUUACUUUCUGGUUGAACUAGUGCGUAUGUCUAAUGUCUAUGUAAUUUUAUGGACAUUAUAUUUGUUAA